AUGACCACAGCCUUCACUUGCGGCUGGGAUGGAAUUCUCAAGCUGCUCAUCCUUUCGGCCUUCACCGGUAACUCCAAGCCGCUCGGUGAAGGAAGUUUUGGGGUUGUAUGGAAGGCUUUGCACAAGGUAACUGGUGAGAUUGUUGCAAUUAAGCAACUGAAGAAUGAGGUAUCGAGGUUGACUUCAUGGGAGGAGUUUCUCCAAAUGGCGGAAGUUGAGUCUCUGUCUCAGUUGAAGAACCACCCGAAUAUUGUCAAUUUGAAACAAGCUUUCAUGGAAGUUGAUGGCACGGCUUCCCUUGUCUUUGAAUUCAUGGAGGGCAACAGUAGAGGCUACCUAGAUGAGGAAUUAGGUGGGCAAGAGAAGAGUAGAACUACCCAAGAGAAAGGGAACACAAAAUUGGACUUUUAG